AUGGCCGCGCCGCCGCCGCCGCUGCCCGUGACGCGCGCCGCCGCUCCAGACCAGCAGCAGGGUCACGGCGGCGCGGGCGCGGAGGUGCGGAGGGCGGCCAAGGCGCUGCUGUUCCUGGCGGCCGUCGCGCUCCCGUGCCUCGUGCUGUACCACCGCGCCGUCGUGGCGCCGGGGGACCUGCUCGUCGCCGCCUCCAUUCCGUGGCGGCGCGGCGCGGCGCGCGAUGCCGCCGCCGCGGCGGACCUGGACAGCGAGGACGCGAGGCUGGAGCGAGUCCUGACGGCGGCCGCGAUGCCCAACGACACGGUGAUCCUGACGACACUGAACUCGGCGUGGUCGGAGCCGGGCUCCGUGCUGGACGUCUUCCUGGAGAGCUUCCGGUCCGGCGAGAGCACCAGGGAGCUGCUGGACCACCUCGUCAUCGUGUCACUGGACACGACGGCGCACGCGCGCUGCAGGCAGGUGCACCGCCACUGCUUCGCUCUCGUCACGGACGGCGUCGACUUCUCCGGGCAGAAGAACUUCAUGACCGACGGCUACCUCAAGAUGAUGUGGAGGAGGAUCGAUUUCCUCAGGGAAGUUCUUGAGAAAGGCUUCAGCUUCGUGUUCACGGACACGGACAUCGUGUGGUUCAGGAACCCGCUGCCGCACUUCUACCCGGACGGGGACUUCCAGAUCGCGUGCGACCACUUCACCGGCGACCCGAGCGACCUGAGCAACGCGCCCAACGGCGGGUUCGCGUACGUGCGGUCCAACACGGAGACGACCGAGUUCUACAGGUUCUGGUACGCGGCGCGGGAGCGCCACCCGGGGCUGCACGACCAGGACGUGCUCAACGCCAUCAAGCGCGACCCCUACGUCGCCGAGCUCGGCGUCCGGAUCAGGUUCCUCAGCACCGAGCUCUUCGGCGGCCUCUGCGAGCCGAGCCGGAACAUGAGCAGGGUCUGCACCAUGCACGCCAACUGCUGCAUCGGGCUGCGACGCAAGAUCAGCGACCUCAGCGCCAUGCUCCAGGACUGGAGGAGGUUCAGGGCGCUGCCUCGCGAGGACAAGCACUCGGUUUCCUGGACCGUGCCGCGCAACUGCAGUAGGUGGAAGGCCAAUGCUGUUGCGGUGUUGCCUCACAUGGCACUUGCACUUCUGAGCUCUGAAACUUGCAAACAUAGCGUGGCAGAAGGAAUGGAAGAGGCAGGCACAGGAGAGCCAGCGAGGGGUAGCAUAGCACAGGUCGGCUUCCAGCCAAGCCUCGUGCUCCUCUCCUCUGCAUGCCCCUUCCACUGCUGCUGCUACAGCCAGGAGAGGAAAGGGAACUGA